CGCCCAGAGCCUCUGUCAUCUGCUUAAAACACUGGGACGAUCCGGCUGGUUAAUAUCUUCACAAUGACAGUCGGUAGAGUAACUCCGGGCUUUGCAUUGAUGACGCUGAUAUUUUUAUUUCGCAACUUAUCGUCUGCUGAGACGGGAGAGUCUCGUGCCAUUUGCCCGUCUCAGCCAAUAGAGGUAGCACAAGGUGAUGAUGUCACUCUUCAGUGUCAUCUGGACCCGUCGGUCGACGUGUCUGCUUAUACGGCGGAUUGGAAGAGAGUCGACCUCAACAAGGUGGUCUACUCCUAUAGAAAUAAACGGGAUCACCAUGAUGCACAGAUGGAGCGAUACAGAGGCAGGACGACUUUCAUCUACGAAGACCUGAGCAGAGGAAUCCUGACGCUGCAGCUGUCGUCACUACAGCUGUCUGACAGCGGACCGUACAGAUGUUUUGUUCCUAAACUGAUGGCCAGCUGUGUCAUUAACAUCAGUGUUGUACCCAAAGACCAACAGAACAGGACAAACGGAGAUGAAUCCAGCCCAACUAGAUUCCCACUGGCUGAGGUGACCGAGCCAGACGAUCCCGUUGGUGAAAACAUGAAGACUACGACUGUCGCCAUCGUCUUGUCCGUUGUUGUUGCUGCUCUCGUCUUUACCGUCGUAGUCGGUGUCCUGGUGAAACGUGGAACUAUCCGGAAAUGGAUGAGAUCCCUCAGAAGAAGGAGGAAGCAGAAAGAGAAAGCAAACGGUUCUGAACUGAAAGAUUUGGGAUCUCCAUCAAAAGAAGAUGACAAGGAUCCGGAUGGUCCUACUGCAAACGGCUUGAUCAGUAACGAGCACUAGCAUUAGUACUAGUGAUGGUCCAGUCUUGUCUCUGUAUACAACACUUACAGUCCUGAGAACUUAAGUGCAAGAUUGUAAGUGUGUCCCACAUUUGAUGCACACUUCAAAGCAGCAUUCCCAUUGGUCAGUUACUUUUAGAGGGACAGGUGGUACAAAACUGUAGAAGUCAAAACUGAAAAAAGAGAAAUCCCGAUCAGAGAAAGAAAAUUGGAGAAUUUAGUAAUCAAGUGUUGUGUAGUUUUAUUGUACGUUUUGCCUUUUUCUGUCAUUUCUGACUGGAAUUUUUAUGCACUUUCAAUUGAAUUUCUUUAGUUUGAUUCUCAGGGGAUUUUGUUUAAUUAUUAGGAAACAAAUCUGGUCCCAUAACUUUGACGGUGUGCAGCUGGACCAUCAACAUUCAGCAAGUCCAUGUCUGACAACUCAUGAUUCAUGUCACCUCCCUCUGUGUACAGACCCUGUAAAAAAAAUGCAUAUAUAUAUUUAUACACAUUUAUAUUUGUUAUUUGUAUUCUGCUAAAACACUGAUCCAAAAACAUGAAUGUUGGGUGAACUUUACUACGUAUUAUGUGAAUGAUUGUAUAUGUAAAUGUUAGAAUUAGAGGAUGGAUGAAUUAUUUGUUUUUGUUGCCUUAUUUUGUGUGUGUGUGUUUAUUAUCUCUUCUACUGUUUCAUAUGUUACAAACAUAAAGUCCAAUUUGAUACAAAACUGA